AUGCAGUGCGUACCAGGCGUCAUUCCGUACGCCAUAGGUAGCCGUUCUUACGAGCGAGCCGCGCAGUUCGCUAAGGAGGUCGGCAUGGCUGGCGACGCCGCGAUUUACGGCAGCUACGCUGACGUCAUUGCGGACCCGUUAGUGGACGCCGUUUACAUCCCGCUGCCGACUGCGCUCCACGUGGAGUGGGUGCACCACCUUGCCAUGCCAGACGAGGAAUCAGGAGAAGCUCCUGCUUCUCCUCGCAAUGGACUUUCUGUGCUCGGGGUUUUCCCCCGCCUGGGCAAAGCUUAUGCCACUCCUGUCAACGAACCUCCUCGCCCCGAAUCACCAGUCCGUUCAGUCGGCAUGGUAUAUGCGUGGGGCGCACCGAGCUCGCCGACUGUCGUGGAGCCACACCCGUCCGUGACUCUUGUGCCUGGUGGUGACGAGGGCCCUUCAAACCGCGGCGAGAGCACUCCGUCAACAGUGAAUAGCGCUCCUGCCAAGCGUCCUCGCACCGGUGGUGUGAAAUACACCCAGCAGCUUCUGUGGGGUGCAAAGCCCCCACGCCAACCACCAAGUCCUCCUCGUGCAGCACCGCUUGUGAAUGCUGAUGAGGAGUUACCCAAAUCGGAUGCUGACGCUGAGUAUGCAAUCAUGAAACACCGUUUUGAUUCUGACUGGGCAUCCCGUUUUCCGUGGCUUCGUUUGCAUCGCACGAAAGCAGGCCGCCCCUCGUUGAAGUGCAACGUCUACAUGCUGCAUGGCGAUCCCUCUGCCAACACGACGUACGGCGUCAAGGGCGAGGGCGGCCGCGAUCUUCAGCUUGGCAGCAUGCGCGCCCAUGUUGCGACUCGGGCGCACAAGGCUGCCUUGAAGGUGGAAGCUGAGGCUGAGGCGCGUCGUGAGCGUCAACUCACUCUGACGCGUUGGCAAGCCACGGACGCAUCAACACGUCACAUAAUCCGCUGUCUGCACAUCGCCAUGUUCAUCUGUAAGGCGGAUGCUCCAAUCGCCCUGUUUGUUCCUCUCUGCUGGUUCCUAGCCAGAGAGGGACUACCCGAUCUUCCGCCCACUGGUGGCUACGGCGCGUACUAUACGGAUGAAGCUCUGGCGGCGAAAGAUGCUGCGACUGCGGUGAAGGAACUCAACAUGGUCGACGACGUCGUGCGCGGGUUUGCCUCCCUUCUUUCCAACAGCAACACAAGGAUGCGCCUGACCCAACGCUACCUCCGUGUCCCCGAGGGACACACAUUCGGUCAUGGCGACAAGAUGCAUCUGCCUGCCUUCAUCCGUGCACAUGGGAAGUCGGACCCGGACAAGCGGAAGAUGAAGGUGGAAGGGGUCGAUAGAGAUGGGACCCCAUCCUCUCAUGAGUUCGUGCUCCACGAGCGACCUCUGGCCGAUGAAGACCCAGGCGGUGAAGACCCAGACGGUGACGCGACAGCAGGUGACGCGACAGCAUGCAACGAGCUGUCGACCAAGUUUGUGCAGGAGGUUGUGAAGCAGCUUGAGAAGCGGCUGAGAGAUCUGUCUCACCUCGAUGGCUCGAAGCUCUUUUUGUCAUCGAAGUACCUUCUCGACGAUGACAAGCGUGUCGCGGCGUUCAAGCGCUGGCUGAAGCAGCUCCACGUGCUCUUCCGCGAGACCCUGCCCGGUUUGUGCCCGUUGAUUCUGUGA